UAUUAAUUUUGAAAUAUAACAUGAAUAAAAAAAAAAAGUUACAUUAGUCGGUAUAAGUUUUACUAUGAGAUUCUACUAAAUAGUUUCAAUUUUCUUUAUACUCAAAAAUCAAUAAUUUAACUUGUGUACCCUCCUGCACAGCUGAGCACUGAAAGAAAAACUUCAUGAUGUUGAGAAAAUAUUUUAAUGGAUCACUGUCGAAUGAUGUGCAUGAAUCAGUCAGAGAUGUUUGGUUGAGAGCAUUAUUGGAUCGUUACAGUGCACCAGAUCGUAGAUGUCACGGUUUGGAUGAUUUGAAUGACUGUUUGCAACAAUUUGAAACUGCCAGAAGCAUAGUAAAAAAUCCUAAUGCAGUAAUUUUAGCUAUAAUAUUUCGAUAUUUUGAAUAUGACCCUAAGUUAGCUGACUGCAGUGAGGACAAUAUAAAUCAUUUUCGAAGGUUCUCUGAAGAAUCAAAACUUAAUACGGAUACAGUUUUGUGUGAAAAUGUUAUUUCAUUAUUAAAAGUUGGUGCAAUUAAUAGUACAGAAGAACAUAAAACUGAAGGAUGUUAUGGAAGUGAGGAUAAACAUUACUUUUUGGAUGUAGACAUGGCCAUCUUAGGUAUGGGACCAGCUGAUUAUGAAAAAUACACAAAUCAUGUUCGAGAAGAAUAUGCUUUCCUAGAUGAAGAAACUUAUAAAGAAUUACGUAUAAAAGUUCUUGAAAGUUUUUUACAAAUUCCUAACAUAUAUGCAACAAAGUUCUACAGAGAUAAAUAUGAAUCAGUGGCUAGGAAUAAUAUCCAAAGAGAAAUUAAUUUCUUAAAAUCUGUAUCCAUGUAAAUAUUUUAUGUGUCUUUAACACAGAUUUCUGUACUGUAAUUUUAAACAUAUAAAACAUGUUUUAAGUUAUGAAUAUACUAGAUGAGCAAUCUAUAAAUACAAGAAUAUAAAAUAAUUGAAGUUUGCUCUUCAUAUUUUUGGGAUAGAUUUUUAGAAACAUUCUCAUCAGUAGCUUAGCCUGGAUUUUUUUUGGUGGGUGGGGGGGAGGUUGCAGCUCCCUCAGCCUCCCUCAUGGCUAUGCUACUGAUUUCCAUAAAUAUUGCAAACUAUUUAUGUAUAUAUUGAUAUACCGAUGAUAUUUAUAUUGUAUCCAUGUAAAUUUGCUAACCAAAAAAAUGGUACAGUAAAAUUAAUUUGAUGACAUGAGUUGCUCAUCUUGUAAAGUAUAGAAGUCUGUGGUAUUUUAUAGGUUGAUUUUAUUUUCAAAUAUAAUAUAUUUUCUUCAUAAAAUUGAAUGUACCAGUCAGGGUGUAUGUUUAAAUUUAUUGUUUUC